GAUUUCGCGAGGGGUCGCCCGGGGCCGCGGCGGGGUCGCGAGACGCGAUCAUGGCUGCCGAGGAAGCGGAUGUGGAUGUCGAGGGGGACCCAGGGACGGCGCUUCCUCCUCCACGCGGAAGCCAUGAAAAUACAGCAUCUGCUUUACAGCAAGAUCACUACCUUGAAUCCACCUGGAGAACUGAUAAUGGCCUCAUUCCUUGGACUCUGGAUAAUACCAUCAGUGCUGAGAACAGGGCUGUCAUCGAGAAAAUGUUACUGGAAGAAGAAUAUUAUAUGUCUAACAAAUCACUUCCAGGCAAAAUCUGGCUUGAUCAUAAGGAAAAUAAUAAAAAAUACACAAAAAGUCCACAAAAAUCAGGAAAACUCACGACUCAGUCACCUACAAAGCCAGCCAGUCACUCAGUCAAGUGGACAGUGGGAGAAAAAGAGCUUUUUGAGCAAGGCCUGGCCAGGUUUGGCCGGAGGUGGACCAAAAUUGCCAAACUGAUAGGAAGUCGCAACGUUUUACAAGUCAGGAGUUACGCCAGGCAGCACUUAAAGAAGAAGAUAGGUGUCGUGGGGAAGGGCGCGCCCAAGCAGGAGAGCCCGGAGGAGCUGCUGGCGGAGAAGCCCUGGGCUUCACUGGGCCUACAGGGGCGGGCCGACCCUCACCUGAACGCUGUGAAGAUCGAGACCUUGUCCGAUGACGAAGAGGUGGACAUCACCGAUGACUCGGACGAGCUUUUCCCCGUGCCCCUGAGGAGUCCCAGCAAUGUUCUUUUAUUCAAUGUUCCCAACAAGACGGACGCCCAAGGGCCCCCUCCUCCCGAGCGACAAGACUGCGCCCUUUCUGCCGCUCCCAGGAAUGACCCUCACGGGGCCCCCCGGGGGCAGAAGGAGGAGCUCUCCGCCUCGGGGAUGGCUCCUUGGCUGCAGAAGCCCCACAGCAACGGUGGGGGAUGCGAGCGGAUGUGCCAGCGGACGUCUGGUCCUGGCUGCGGCACAGAAGGAAGCACCUCGUCGGGGGCCGGUGAGCAGGGGGCCAGCCGGGGGCCGAAGGACGUCCUCGAUCGCCAGGCGCUUUUCCCUCCCUCCUGCCAAGUGGACGAGGAGAGCGCAGAGGACGGGGAGCCCCUCAAGGCGCCCGAGCAGGAGGUGGAGGUCAACAGAGGCACCAUCCAGGAGGAGGAGAAGCAGGCCAUCCCCGAGUUCUUCGAGGGCCGCCCAGCCAAGACACCGGAGCGCUACCUGAAGAUCAGGAAUUACAUUUUGGAUCAGUGGGAAAACUGCAAACCAAAAUAUUUGAACAAGACCUCGGUGCGUCCAGGCCUGAAGAACUGCGGCGACGUUAACUGUAUUGGACGGAUACACACGUACCUGGAGUUAAUAGGAGCCAUCAAUUUUGGAUGUGAGCAGGCGGUGUAUAACCGACCUCAGCCGGCCGACAGGACCCGGGUCCGAGGAGGAAGAGACGCCGAGGAAGCCUACCAGCUAGCGCAGCGGCUGCAGUCGAUGCGCACGCGUAGGCGGCGAGUGCGAGACCCAUGGGGCAACUGGUGUGACGCCAGGGACUUGGAGGGACAGACGUUUGAGCAUCUCUCGGCUGAAGAGCUGGCCAGAAGACGAGAAGAGGAAAAGAGCAGGCCUUCCAAAGCCACCAGGGCCCCCCGGCUCCCCAGGAGCGCCUUCGACCCCUUCCAGCUGAUCCCUUGCAGCCUCUUCAGUGAAGCGAAGCAGGAGCCAUUUAAGGUGCAAGUGGCUUCAGAAGCACUUUUAAUAAUGGAUUUGCACGCUCACGUGUCCAUGGCAGAAGUGAUUGGGCUCCUGGGAGGAAGAUACUUGGAAGACGAGAAGGCGAUUGAGGUCUGUGCAGCCGAGCCCUGUAACAGUCUGAGCACAGGACUGCAGUGCGAGAUGGACCCCGUGUCCCAGACCCAGGCGUCCGAGAGCCUGGCCGACCGGGGCUACAGUGUCGUCGGCUGGUACCAUUCCCACCCGGCCUUUGAUCCCAACCCUUCUCUGCGGGACAUUGACACUCAGGCCAAAUACCAGAGUUAUUUCUCCAGAGGUGGAGCAAUGUUCAUUGGGAUGAUCAUUAGCCCAUAUAAUCGAAACAAUCCUUUACCAUAUUCCCAAAUUACCUGUCUGGUUAUAAGUGAUGAAAUUAGUUCAGAUGGCUCUUACCGUGUCCCUUACAAAUUCGAAGUACAGCAGUUAUUAGGAGAACCUCGAUGGGAAUUGGUGUUUGAAAAAACAAGAUGGAUGAUUGAAAAAUACCGGCUCUCCCCUAGCGGCGUCCCUAUGGAUAAAAUCUUUCACCGGGAUUCUGACCUGACUUGUUUGCAGAAACUCUUGGAGUGCCUGAGGAAGACUCUGGGCAGCGUGACCAACUGCCACAUCGCCGAGGAGUUCUUGACUCGAGUGGAGAAUUUGUUCCUUUCCCAUAACGGAAGCAAACCCGAGCAGAGCACAGUUGGCGAGGACUGCCCCUCCUGUCCGCCCCAGCCGCCACUCUGACAGCGUUCUUGGUGGACACUCUCACUGGAAAGGUAAAAUGGCCUUGGGCAGAAUCCCACCUGCAAAGUGCUUACACCUGCGUAUCGUUCUGGCAGCAAGAGCAGCUGUGACACCAGUGUUUUAUCCACCAAAGAAAUGCAGUCGCUCCUGAGCAACCACAUGCAGCCGGAGAGCUUUGGGCUCUCCCCACUGUGUGGCCCGCGUCCAGCUAUUGGUUCUGCCUCCAUUUUCAUUGACUUGAAACUUUUCCUCCUAGCCUCCAUUGUUCUUUCCAUUCAGACUCGUGAACUUCGUUUUGUUUCCAAUAAGGAAUGGGUGGGAGAGGUCUUAUCUAUGGUGGGAUGGAAGAGAUUGCUGGGCUACAGGUAAAGAUCCUGCACGAGAAGAUGUGGGUGUGUCUGCAUAGGUGUUUGUGAGUGGGUGUGCACUUUUUGCCUUAGAAAAUGAUCCAUUCAGGGACUGAAAGAAAUCAAGAGCCAAAGUCUGUGUGUAGCCACUUGCCAUUAAAAUAAAGGGAAAACUGAGGAGCAUCAAGUCAGGCUGGGCCUUGACCGUAGAAGAUUCCUAACUCAGGAUUUCUCUUUAUUAAAAAUACUUUUUCUAUAGGCCCUAGUACUUGGCAACCUUAGAAGCUUUUCUCCCUGUUGCUUCUGAGUAAGAAGCAAAGGACAAAAUAGGGCACCAGGAUCUGGAAUUCUGUGAUUUCUUUUUAUUUAGUUUUAUUUGAAUCACUGAAUCCAUGCUAGGGUCACUCUGUGUUUGGGACAAUUUCUUCGACUUACUUCCUCUACGGUGGGGAUCGAUCAUCCAUCCAGAGAAAAUUCCUGCAAGGCACUCAGUCACAUAAACCAAUUAUGUUUCUUGAAUAAUAUUUACUAGGGCAUAAAUUCUGAUUAGUUAAUUGAUUGAAAUUAGGGCAUUCUGCUUAAUCGUCAGUUACUAAGAAAAUUUGAUUAAUUCCAUUCGUCCUCCCCCUCUCCCAUCCCCAGCAUCCUAAUUAAUAAUCAAUCAGCAGCUGUUUACAAGGUGCCAUUCUAGGUACUUGGGCUUUACAUAUUAAUGUGAGAACGUCAUUGCCCAAUAUUUAGGCAAGUUUAGUGAUCGGGUGUGAGAAGUGAACGUAGUGUGUCCAAAGGGCAGUGAUGAGGGAUCAGCCUUGAAGGGUAGACUGAAUCAGAUGGCGAAGAAAGGCCUGAUUGAGUUCGGAGGUCAGUGGGGAGCCCCCGAAGCUCCUUGAGCAGAGGACCGACCUCCUAUCCUUGCUUUAGGAAUAUGACUUUGGUAGCAAUGUGGAAGAAGUGUUAGGGAGCGGCGAGAUUGGCUGCAUACAGGGAGACCCUGGAGAAGACCAUACUGCUCUAGCAAGUGGGACUGGACCCGGAAGAGAAUAGAAAAUUAAGUAUUUCCCCUUAAGCUGGAUCUAUUCAUAUGGAAUAGAGCCAACUCCUAGACCUUGCAAUAUGCAGACCUGUCCUAAGGCAGGGGCUCUCCUGAGUGGGGAAAUUUGGGGCAAAUCACCCCCUCUUUGGGCCUCAGUUUCUUUUCCUGUACACACAGGUUUGGAUUAAACUAUCUCAGAGGACAUAAAACAGUAGCACAUACUACUACAACUUUUCGAUAUGUUACAAAUGUUUUUAAAUGGGAUGUCCCAUUCCCCAUCUUUCCCCGACCCCAAAAAAUUAAUUAAGCAUUCUAGUAACUGAAUCCUUGUGAGCCACUGAAACCUGUAGAGUACGUACGUCCCAGGGCCUUAGGACUGACCUAGGUUGUGGCUUGUGUCUGAAAAGGUCUCAUUGUUCAGGAGUCAGCAGGAAAGGUCGAGUUUUUCAAAAACAGGAGAAAGUCCUGACUGUAUUUUCUUAGGCAUCCAUGCUCUUGGAUGGAGACUCCUCUCUCAUUUCAUGAAUCAUAUCUACAGGGGACAGUAUGUUUUAAAAACCAUGCAUUUCACUAAAAUGAAUUUAGAUUCUGCUGGAUUGCUGGCUGUCUUCAGCUCUGUGGCAUUCUGUCCCACGAUGGAAAAGCUUUCUUUGUCCUCCUGCGGGUAUUGCGUGUCCAUGAAUUCUGCUGCUUUUUCCUCAAGUGCUCUCGGCAUUUAGAGAAGGAAACCUCUCUUCAGAGCGCUUUGGGGAUGUCUGGCCAUUUUAUACAUGAAGGGCAAAGCUGUGCUGUAAGCUACUGUAGAGUGCACCAGAAGUCCAAGCAAUCUCUGGCCUGUUGUCUUGUGCAAGAGAUGAAGCAAAAGCUCUGGAAGACGGCACUUGAAUAAAAAGAUGGAAAACCAAA